CAGGUAUUAGGGGCGGAGUGGAGAGGAUGUCUUGUUCAGGUAACGAAACUUAACAUUCAUAGAAACCAAAGCCAACAGACGUGAAAGAAGUUCUCUCUUUCAGGAGGAAAAUAAAACGCAUUUUGGAACAAAUUGUCUGACAGGCGGAGAAACACAACAAGGAAUGGCCUCUGCUAACACUUCCUGUUCUGAGGAGGACUUUUCAUGUUCCAUCUGUCUGGAUGUGUUCAGCAGCCCGGUUACCACACCGUGUGGACACAACUUCUGAAUAACCUGUGUUACAAAGUUCUGGGAUGAACAAGUCAAGUACAAAUGUCCUGUUUGCAACCAGAUCUUCGACACAAAACCUGAUCCACGGGUCAAUACCCUCUUAUCAGAGCUGGCUGCUCAGUUCAGAACAACCGUACGAGUUAAAGAGCAGCCUUGUGUUGAACCAGCAGAAGUUCCCUGUGACGUAUGUACUGGGACCCAGCAGAAGGCCGUGAAGUCCUGCCUAGUGUGUUUUAUGUCUUUCUGCCAAACCCACCUGGAGCCACAUCAGAGAGUCGCAGGCCUGAAGAAACAUCGGCUGGUCGAGCCUAUGGACCGUCUGGAAGACAGGAUGUGUAAGAAACACAACCGACUUCUGGAGCUCUUCUGCCCGACUGACCAGGUGUGUGUGUGUCUGUUGUGCACAGUGACAGACCACAAGUCCCAUCCUGUUGUACCUCUGAAGGAGGAAUAUGAACUGAAGACGGCCCAGCUGGGGAAGAUAGAGGCUGAAGUUCCGCAGAUGAUCCAGGAGAGGAAACAAAAGAUUAAGGAGGUCAAAGACAGAGUAGAACUGAGCAACAAAGUUGCAGACAGAGAGAUAGCCAUUGGUGGGCAGGUCUUCACUGCUCUGAUAGGCUGUGUUGAAAUGUGCCGCGAUGAAUUCAACCAAACGGUUCAAGAGAAACUGAAAUCCACAGAGAAACAAGCUGAAGACCUCAUCAAAGAGCUGGAGCAGGAAAUAGAAGAUCUGACCAAUAGAUGCUCAGAGGUGAAGCAGCUCUCACACACUGAAGACCACCUCCACUUCCUCCAGACCUUCAGAUCCCUGAAGGAUCCUCCACCCACCAGGGACUGGACCACGGUGGAGGUCCGUCCUCCGUCAUACGUAGGGACCUUGAAGAGAUCCCUGGAUCAGCUGGAGGAGACACUGAACAUGGAGAUGAAGAAGCUGUGUGAUGAUGCUGUACUGAAGAGGGUCCAGCAGUAUGAAGUAGAUGUGACUCUGGAUCCUGAUACAGCUGCUCCCCAGCUCAUCCUGUCUGAGGAUGGGAAACAAGUACAUGAUAGGGGUGUGGGGAAGGGACUCCCAGACAACCCUAAGAGAUUUAUAAAUUAUCUUUUUGUCCUCACGAGGCAGAGCUUCUCCUCAGGGAGAUUUUACUUUGAGGUACAGGUUAAAGACAAGACUGCAUGGUGGUUAGGAGUGGUCAGAGAGUCCAUCGACAGAAAAGGUAAGACCACGUGGACCCCUGAGACGGGUUACUGGAUUCUUCAAUACACCAAGGAUCAGACAACCCUAAGAGAUGUACAAAGUAUAUAUUUGUUCUCACGAGGCAGAGCUUCUCCUCAGGGAGAUUUUACUUUGAGGUCCAGGUUAAAGACAAGACUGCAUGGUGGUUAGGAGUGGUCAGAGAGUCCAUCGACAGAAAAGGUGGGAGCACGUGGACCCCUGAGACGGGUUACUGGACUCUUUACUACACCAAGGAUAGGUUGGUGUUUAAAGAUAACCUUGAUAUCCGUCUCCCUCUGAGAGCUGAGCUCCAGAAGGUGGGGGUGUUUGUUGAUUAUGAUGAGGGUGUGGUCUCCUUCUAUGAUGUGGAAGCCAGGGUUCAUAUCUACUCUGCUACUGGCUGCACCUUCAGUGAGCCUCUCUAUCCAUUCCUCGGCCCAGGUCCCCGUGAUUAUGGAGGUAACAACUCUGCCCCCCUGAUCAUCUCACCUGUCAAUCAAACAGACUAGGACCUUUGUUUGAUAAUAAAACUAAGAAACAACCAAAACAUUUAGAGUUGUUUACUGAAUUAGAAUCUCUACUAUGUGAGGUCUGAGAGAACUGCUUUAAUGUCGUACUGCUGAUAUUUAACGAGGAGAUGUUCUUUAAGAACAUAAUCACAGUUGUUGAAUUCCACCCAUUAUAAAUGGUUAAAUUACACAUUAUAUUUUGUCUGUUUUGUUUCCAGAUCUUUUUACACAUUUAAUGCUAUAAAGUUGUUAACAGUUGCAGUUAUAUAGAACAUAAGAGGACAUACAUGUUAAGAGGACUAAUCUGUACAAAAUAAUAAUUGUAGUUUUUUAACAUUGCUAUCUGUUUUAAUUUCUGAAUAGUGAAUGACAAAAAAACACAAUGUCCUUACACGUUCAUUGAAUCUUUUUUAAUGUGUAGGCCUACCUAUGUUAUCUAAAAUAGAUACAUUCCAGUCCAAUAGUGUUCAGUAGAAUGCCUGUCUCAGGGUAAUACAAAAAAUAAAUGUGUUUGUUGCCUAGAACCUUAAUUUUGAUAAUUUUGAGAUUGAUGGAACGUUUUAUAUCAGUAAAGAAUUGUAAACGUUAGUAGUUGAUGAACCAGUAAAACUUAAUCUCCACCAUACAACCCUUCAUGUAUUAAACACUUAAAGAAGGUCACAGUGACUAUGUAAAGAUUCUCCCCAUGUGCGUGAGUACCGUGACUUUUUCUUCUCUGCUCUCCUCUCUUCUCUUCUCGUCACCAUCCUCUCCUCUCCUCUUCUCCUCCUCUCUCUUCUCCUCCUCCUCUCUCUUACCUCUGCUCUCCUCUCUAACUCAUCUUGGAUUGUGUUCAUUAUUGUCGUUCAUUACGCAUUAAGUGUGUUCACAUGUCAAAAGUCACCACAUUUAGAUGAAUCUAAAAUAGAUGUUGUUCAACUAAACUCCCAAUGGGUGAGUUCGGCUGUAGUGAAUCACUAUGGUGACGGUGACGCUCCCGCUCGGGCGGAGUCCUCCUCCCCAUAACCACGCCCACUGACUGCCUGGACGACGCGAGGAGAGGGAGAGAGACCCCGAAGCUGUUGGCACGAGAGCCGUGGACCUCGAUACCUCUGAGCAGCCAGCAGCAUGGGAAUGAACAACCCCAUCAUACGUUUGAAUAUGUGUGUCAACUUCUCCCUGAUGGUCUGAAUAAGUCGCAAAGUGUGUCGUUAGUCGCCUUUCAGAAAUAAAUUCGCAAAUGAUACGUGCACAACUGUUAAUGAUCUGUAAUGUUUGAUACUAUUAUCUUAGUCAUUCUGUUUAUUGUGUACUUGUACUUGUAUUCGUUGUUAAAGCAUAAUGGUAAUAAACAACUCAGUCAAACCAACUGAAUGUUCUCGUGUGUUCAGCCGACUCACUAUCCUUGUGCCUUCUUGUAUUGAUUAUGUUUUA